CCCCACGCCCCCACCAGCGACUCCCGUUCUUGCAGCUCAACUACCUUGUCCCAGCCACCUGCUGCGUCAUCAUCCUGUUUGUGUUCGACCUGCCGGCCUACACGUCACCCACCAACUUCCCAGCUGUGCUCUCCCUCUUCCUGCUUUAUGGGUGGUCCAUCACACCCAUCAUGUACCCGGCCUCCUUCUGGUUCGAGGUGCCCAGCUCUGCCUACGUCUUCCUCAUCGUCAUCAAUCUCUUCAUCGGCAUCACGGCCACUGUGGCCACCUUCCUGUUGCAGCUCUUCGAGCAUGACAAGGACCUGAAGGUCGUCAACAGCUACCUGAAAAGCUGCUUCCUCAUCUUCCCCAAUUACAAUCUGGGUCACGGGCUCAUGGAGAUGGCGUACAACGAGUACAUCAACGAGUACUAUGCCAAGAUUGGUGUGUGCCGGUGCGGGGUGGGUGGGCGGCACAGAGCCCUCCGGCCAGCAGUGCACGGCCAGUUUGACAAGAUGAAAUCCCCAUUCGAGUGGGACAUCGUCACCCGUGGGCUGGUGGCCAUGACGGUGGAGGGCUUCGUCGGCUUCUUCCUCACCAUCAUGUGCCAGUACAACUUCCUGCGGCAGCCGCA